AUGAGCAAUGCAGCAGGGGAGUACGACGCGGCGUAUGCAGCCACGGUGGCAGCAGUCGCCUACGCCAUCGCCGCGCGAGAGGAGGAGAGGCUGUUAGCGUCUCAAGAGAGGCCGCCGUAUGCUGUCGCGGACAAGCUUGCGCGUGGAAAUGGAAACAAGCAGCAGCGUCCUGCUGCUGCUUCUUCCAUGGAUGAUGGACCUGCUCGGACCACGCCGCAGUCCAGCAAGUCACCACGUACACCCAAGCGAGGCGAGAGCCUGAAGAAGCCAAUUUUCGAAGGCAGCAGAUCCUCUUCCUCGAGAUGGUUCACUGGUAAAGAGCCCAUAGACGACGAUUACCAAGAUGAACAAGGUGCUAAUGUAUCAGUGAAUCGGCCACUAAGACCGGCUCAGAAGAAGCCAGCAGAGGGUGCAGUUUCAGAUGAAAGGCCCCCUGCUUUCACUGACCCUGCACCACGCGUAAGGAAGGACCCCAGUUUCAGCCGGAAACCUUCAGAAAAGAGAGGAAGCAGGAGAUUCGAGCAAGAUCAGGGGAACCAGACGGUGGCGGCGCAGCCAACGGCACGGCCAAUGGACAGCAAGACGUCGAGCUCGUAUUCGGCGGCCGGUAGAGAGAGUGGUGGAGCUGCUACCACGUCUGGUGGUGGAGUGGCGUUCUCCAGCGAAAACGAAGCCAUGGCACAUGCCUGGGAGAAGGAGAAGCUGGCGAAGAUCAAGAAGCAGUACGACGAGACGAUGCAGACGAUUGCUGAAUGGGAGGCGGAGAAGAAGGCCAAAGCCAGGCGCCAAAAGGAGCUGAAAGAUGAGAGUGAGUCGGAGAGGAAGCGUGCGAAGGCGCUGGAGGAGUACAACGAGGAGAUGUCGAGGAUCAACAAGGUGGCCGCCGCGUCGAGGCUGACGGCGGAGGAGAAGAGGAGGAGCGCCGAGAGGAAGGCCAGGGACAAGGCACACACCAUACGGUCCACGGGGAAGCUUCCCGGGACAUGUGGGUGUUUCUGA